AGAGAAGUGUUUUGGGAUAUUUACAGCCCUAAGUUCCUUCAAACAUCCACAUUCACAUCCGCACACACACACAACGCUGCCUUGGUUCUGCUCUCUCGGUCAUCAUGAGUUAUUCACUGGUGAUCCUGCUCUGUGUAGGACUUCUGCACCAGACUGCCAGGGCCGUUCAUAUGGAUAAACUAGCCGACAACAAGAUUUGUGGAGAUGCAGAGUGCUCACAUGUUCUCUCCAUGGCCACAGCCUUGGAUGACUUCAUUGCUCCUGACUGCAGAUUCAUCAACAUCAGGAAGGGUCAGAUGGUUUAUGUGUAUUCUAAACUCGUACCAGAGGAGGGCGCCGGAGUCUUCUGGUCUGGAAGUGUUUACAGUGAGCGCUAUGUGGACCAGAUGGGCAUCAUUGGAUACUUUCCUGCAACUACUGUGAAGGAGACAUUGAAGUUUACACAGGAGACAGUUCAGAUUCCCACAACUAACAAUGACUUCUACUGUGAUUAAGACGCGUCGGACUGAAGCCACUUUCCUUUCAAGUCUUGCUUUUAGUAACUCUGGCUUUUAUGAAGGAGAGAAGACAGCUUCUAUCUCGAGCCAGUGUGUCAGACCAUUACAUCCUGUGGUGUUGUCUCCACUAGGAACAAACCCUGGACACUCUCAGCCCUCUUUAGCCCACGGUCUGACACCUAUCUGUCUUGCUUUGUCUUCACAAAGACACUUUGCUCAAUAAACACUUUUUCAAGUCA